UGGCCUGUGCUCUUGCUCUUGCUUCCAGCUUCAUGGAAGGUGCGUUGCUGGCCAGAACUCAACUCCAAACUGACCAUCACGACCCGAGACCUGCCACCACCGACGACGCUACCAACAACACCGCCCGCACUUAUCAGAAUCGCCGGAAACAUGUUGUCGAGUCUCGGAAACCCGCGCCAGGCAGCGUCACAACUGCUCAACUUUGCGCUGAUCCUCUCGACUGCCUUUAUGAUGUGGAAGGGUCUUUCCGUGAUUUCCGAUUCCCCCAGUCCGAUUGUAGUCGUUCUCAGUGGUUCCAUGGAGCCUGCCUUUCAGAGAGGCGAUCUCCUUUUCCUUUGGAACCGCAACCUGAUCCAGGAAACCGACGUUGGCGAGAUCGUUGUCUACGAAGUCAAGGGCAAGAAUAUUCCCAUUGUCCACAGAGUGGUUCGCAGAUUCGGCUCUGGACCGGAAGCGAAGCUCCUUACCAAGGGCGACAACAACAACUCCGAUGACACUGAGCUCUAUGCCAAGGAUCAGGACUACCUUGUGCGCAAGGAUAUCAUCGGCAGCGUCGUCGCAUACAUCCCCUUCGUCGGCUACGUUACGAUCCUCCUUUCAGAAUAUCCGUGGUUGAAGACGGCAAUGCUGGGAAUAAUGGGCUUGGUCGUGGUGCUGCAGAGAGAGUAG